CUUUACUCAUGGCUGAAGGGAAGGCAGGAGUUCUCUGGGGCUUCUCUGGGCCACUUUAAAGUCUGUCACCAAGAAAGGUGAGCUUGAGCCUGUGAGCAGGGUGGAGAGGGGGCUGGGUUGUGAGACCAAAGUGUCUGCUGCCUACACACAGGCAAUUUACAAAGCACUAUGCAGGAGCAUACCAUGCAAGCGCACGCGGUGCAGGCAAGACGCCUGAGGGGUGGUCUGGGUUUCAACCUGAGCAAGUUCAGAGGAAGUCUUAGGAGUACACAGAUUUUUGAUGGGCAGAUCUUGUCUCUUCCCAAACUUCUUUCAUACGGUAAGAGAAACCUAUUCUAGAUCCCAUUCCAGGAGCAAAGCGCAUUUUAGAAGGUACCAUUCCUCAAACUGCACAUACAACAAAUACAGAAGAUGCUUCUAUGUCUCUAUAAACCAUGCCUUCAAGGCCAGUCUUGAUGUGCCAGUCUGCGCCCCUCUGAAGUCUCUUAAUCUCACACCUGUAUGCGUGUGCAUGGGGAAGGGGCUCUAACACACCUCAGAGGAAUGGGACUUGGUCAUCAAGCCCUGUCCCCACCUGUCAUUUAAACCUUUGCUUCCUGAAUGAAGUUUGUCCCGCUCCAACUAUAGGGACCUCAUAGUUUUUUCAUGUCUACAGUGAAGAGUUGGAGAAAUAGCUCAUUUUCAAAUGCUGGGUGUGGAUUAACCUCAUGAGGAACGAUCCACUUGUUCUAGCAGAACCACCAAGGAUGGGUCCAAGAGAUGCAAUGUCCAGGGGAACACCUAAAUAUUUCCGAGAAACAUCAAGACAAGAAACUAGAUAACUCCUGAGCUCUCUUAAACAUGUAGAACUGUUCUUGCUUUAUAUUCCCAGAUAAUAAAAGCCAUUUGUCACCCAAGAUUUCAUUCAUUGUUUUUUUUUUUUCUCUUUGGCUUCCACUCUGAGCUCCAGGGAGUCCUGGGGGCCUGCCCUGGCCUCCCCUGAGUCCAUGCACACAGAUCAUUUCCCCCAGGACAAGGUCUUCAAGCUCCUGCAGAAGUCUUGUUCGCUGCUCUCAGUCUUGUGGCUGCUUCUUCAUUUCUGCAUUUGUGGAAUUUGCUGAUUCCCGCACCCAGAACAGAGACACAGAACCACACAGAAUGAGCGCAUGAAUGAGGAAAUCGUGACAGAGUCCUGAGAAGCAUGGGAGGAAGGAAGAUGGCAAGAGACGAGGAAAGCGCCUAUGGCUUGGAGAUGGAUUCACAGGUCCCAAGGGGGCCCCCACUGAGACUCAUCCUGGUAGGUAGGACCGGGACCGGCAAGAGUGCCACUGGUAACACCAUCCUGGGCCGGACCUGCUUCGUAUCCAAGCUGCAGGCUGUGCCUGUUACCAGAUCCUGCUCCUGGGCCAACAGGAAAUGGGCCGGCUGGUAUGUUGAGGUGGUGGACACCCCGGAUGUCUUCAGCUCUGAGGUCAAACAGACCGACCCUGAGUGCUCGGAGACAGCCCACUGCUUCCUACUGACGUCGCCCGGGCCGCACGCGCUGCUGCUGGUCACCCAGCUGGGUCGCUUCACCACUCAGGACAGCCAGGUGCUGGCCGGGGUGAAGCGGGUGUUCGGGGAGCAGGUGAUGGCGCGGACUGUGGUGGUGUUCACUCGGAAGGAGGACCUGGCAGGAGAGUCUCUGCAGGAUUAUGUGCGAUGCACAGACAAUCGCGCGCUGCGGGAGCUGGUGGCUGAGUGCGGGGGCCGCGUGUGCGCCCUAAACAACCGAACCACUGCCCGCGAGCGCGAGGCACAAGCUGAGGAGCUGCUGGGCCUGGUCGCUGGCCUGGCGAGGGAGCACGGGGGCGCGUACUACUCCAAUGAAGUGUAUGAUCUGGUGAGGACCCUGCGGGGCUCUAACCCCGAGGACCAAGUCAGCAAGGUGGCAGAGAUGGUGGCAAGACGCAUGCAGAGGCCCCUGCGCACCAGGCUGCUAACUGGGCUGUGGGACUGGCAGAAAUCUUACAGGAAGAGCUGGAGACGGGGCGUGGCUAUUUUCCUGGGUGUGACCUUCCUGAUCUACCUGCUGGUCUACAGAAAGACACCUCAGGCCAUUGGGGACCAGAAUAGCAGAUAAUGCUGGUCUUAGAAGAUGUUUUAACUAGGAAGAAAAUAUUUUUAAAAAGGAAUGAUUAGAUCUCUGCUCAGAGCUCGCAGUACUGCGGGAAACACAGUAUGAGCUUUGCAAAGGCUUCAGAGGUGAUGAGUCUCAACUUUAACUACUAGAGUUUAAAAAAAAUAAAA